AUAAAAAAGAAUAUAAAUGUCUUUAUCUUCUUUAUUUAUUUAUAAUCUUUUCAUCUCAUAUUUUACUAUGUAUUUUAUAUUGAUUCUUGUCACUUUACAUGUAGCAUCAGCUUUAUCUAUUCUACGCCCUUCUUCUCCUGAAAUGGAUAGGUCAAGAGUAACUAUGAAUAGAAUAGAAAAAAAUCGUUGGAGACAUAUGAAGAUUGCAUCUCCCGAUGGUUUAUUUUCUGCAGCUGCAAAUAAUAAUAUUGAUAUGUUAUCUAUUGUUCCUAUGGUAAUUAUGUCUGAAUCUGCUUUUCAUUCAAUAGAUGAAUCUUCUUUUCAUGUGAAUGAUCAUCCAUCAAGUAUCUUAUUAGAAGGUACCUCUAAGGAACAUAUAAAAUAGACAGCAUUAAAGUCUUAUUCAUAAUAGCAGCUGUAAAUACUAGACACUAAAAGAAGUUCACCGGUCAAGGUAAUGAUGGUGAAAUAAAAAUGAAUGUUCCU